AUUGAGCUUAUGCAUGACCUCUAAGGGUAGUUAUUUUAGCUCUCUGGGAGUUUGGCUUAUCCUGAAUUACCCCACCUGAGGGUCCCAACAGCAUGUGUUGGCUAAACUCUCAGGGAAAAAAAAACAGAAUAUCCUCUCUUUAGAGAAUACAAGUGAUUGCACAGCCAAGGACCUUCCUAUCAGCUGCGGUACAGAACAGCUUGACAUCCAGGAGCCUUCCUUUUCUGAUAACUGAUUUCUCAGUCGUGCUGUCUUCUUGAGACUGUGUGUGGAGUCAACCAGUCAUGGAUAAAGGAAGACGUGAAGUCAGUCCCAGUGCACCGGCACGGAGUACCAAAAGGAAGGCAGAUGAAUACUUAAAACCCAAACUAAGCUCCAAAAAUGUGCUGAGUUUUUUGCUAGGUAGACAACUAGGGAGGCAUGAAAGUGAUGUGGAUCUGUCAAAGUGGCUGUUGAUGUUGCAACGAGCAAAACCUGGGUGGGGUUGGCCUUUUCCAAAACACCAUGUGGCUUACAUGCUUAUGCCUGCCCAGAAUCUUGGAAAACCCAGAAAAAAGGGUGUAGAAUAAAAAGUCUUCCUUGUUUCAGCUAUUGACAUAGAA